AUGCACGGCGGGACCGUUCCUGCGACCGUUGAAAACCCCAAAACUCACGGGUUGAGGGUGCUGCGGAACGGGAUGAAGGAGUACAUCCAGAGAUGCGUCGCUGAUGAACAUUCGGCGUUGUCGUCCCAUACUGGCAGGCCAGCAGCUGACGCACUGGACGACGACGUCGGCGAAACAUCGACAGCAUCCCAAACAGGCGUGGUCGCCCCCCUGGAGAUUGAUGCGACAACGAUUUUUACAAGCGGGCACAAGGAGGAUGAGGAGGAGGAGGAGGAGGAGGAGGAGGAGGAGGAGGAGGAGGAGGAGGAGGAGGAGGAGGAGUUGGAGGUGGACGGGAAGGAUAAGGAGCGGGGGAAGGAUAAGGGUAAGGCGUCGGACGAGGAGGAUCACGGCGGGAUGGGGAAGGACGUGGACGUCGAUAUGGUGAGCGGCGCGAAGGACAACGUUCUAUACGUGGAUGAUGCCGACGUGAUGAUCGUCGGCGAACGGGGUAACAUUGUUGGCACGAUGUCGACCGGCGUGGCAGGGCCGAAUGGGGCCUCGACCGGCAAGGACGGGGGGGACAAGUCCCAAAAGAAGACGCCGCCUCAUGCCUCUGAGAAGCCUCACGGUCUUGCGAGCGAUGUUGCAGGGCGGCAGGACGUCGGCCGUCAAGUAGAAGCUGUGGGCGUACAGGCAGACAUGGUGCUCCCCACCGCUCACACGGCAACUGAUGGCGGUGCAAGAACCAGGCUGGGACCGACUGUCGUGGUCGCGGGGCCAUCCGUCGUCGAACAGGCGUCGUCGAUUCCCCUGCAGCAACACGCAGUCGAAGUCCCUGCGGCUAGCCGCGCUUCUACUCUCCUGUCUGCCACCCCGGAGCAGGAGGCGAUCGCUCAAUUGAUGAAGGCGGACGUGGCGGCGAAUGAGCUCAGGGCCCAGCUCGAGCUCCUUGCGCGUGGCACGGCUGUGCAUCCGCCGGCCGCCGACGUUGCUGGUGUCGCCGACGCAGCAUGUCGCUCGGGUACUCAGCUCAUCAACGUCCCCUCGUUCAGUGCCCCAGCGACAGCGCCCCGCGUCACCGCACAUACACCAACGGACCCGAUCUCCGCAUUGCUUCUCGCCCAGCUUGACGCACGUAGCGCAGCAGCACCACCCCCCCCUCCGCCGACAUCGGGCACUAGCGCAACGCCGACCUCGGGACUUAGCGCAACGCCGACCUCGGUGACAGUGGGCAAGGUCACACACCAUGCCGCGGCAGCAAAAACGCCAGCACCCCCACCCGUGCGGACUUUUGUUGGGGCGGCGACAGAGAAGGGUGUGCAAGCUACGCUGGCCACCGGCGGCGGCGCGGGUGACAUGGAGAUAGACCCACCAUUGAACGAUAUCGUCUUCCACGAUGAGGAUAUCGCUGCCAUCCAAGCCGACGUGGACGCAGUCGUACUCGCCGAACAGCCAUCUGCGCCAGCCAUCUCGGCCACCGCACCUGUGGAGGCGAGUCAGGCGGUGGUUCAGCGGGGCCCAAGGAUGUUUGGGAUGUCGUCGGCGAGGGAAAGGCAAAACGGAAGGGGGAAGGCCGCCGCAGGGAAAGAGAAGGCGAGGUCGGAGAAAGAACGCAAGGGUUAUGGAAUUAGGGUGGACAUGACGGGCGGCGGUAAAGGGUGGCAGGGUGAGAUGAAGCUCGGCGGCAAGACAGCAAGAUCCUCCUGGACGAGAUGA